CCGCCUUACUUAACCGGCCGAUUGCUUGUUGACAAGGAACGCCACUUCUCUGCUUAGAAGUUACGAUUAAAACAUUGUGAUAUUGGUGAUAAAAUGGCAUCGCCUAACUCAUAUAAGCUAAGGUGCUCCAUACCUGGCCAUGAAAUGGAUGUUAGAGGUCUUGCAGCUGCUUUUUUCCCUGAAGGAGCCUUUAUGUCUGUUUCCAGAGACCGAACCGGAAGAGUCUGGGUACCAAACUCAAGGUACCGUUGGUUAGCUAAUUUAGCUUAGCUCAAAAGACAUUUAAUGUGUUUAUCUCACCAUUUUAAUGUCGUAAAGAUAAUAAUUUACCAGCCCUUAGCCACACAUAUAUCGAUGCCCCUCUCAAUUUACCAUAACCAUAAUUUCAAGGCAAACCAAGAAGGCUCUGCUAACGGAUACUAGCUAGCUAGCUAACAUAAUUAGCGUUGUCAUUCACUCAACUGAACUGUGCAACCAAACCACACUAUGGUGUGGAAGUGUGGUUUCACUUCUGAUAUUCCCCCAUUAAUAACAUUGAUGUCACACAAACUGUACGGGACACAAACGUGACACAAGUUUUCUAAACCUUGAAUGACAAUCUAUGCGCACAAGGUUUCUCUAGGCCAUAUGGCUAGUACAGUACUAAUUUUAUAGCUAACAGUAAGCUUUUGUAUAAAGCUAGUCACUGGAAGAAGCCAGAGACUGUUCAGAAUUACUAGAUUUAACACCACAUUGUUGCUGUUGUCCUGCUCUGUGUUUUCAAUGUAAUCCAAUGUAACUUUAAAUAGCAUAUGUUCUGUGUCGAAUUCUGUCUACAGCCCAGACAGGGGGUUCACAGAAAUGCAUUGUAUGACAGGCCAUCAGAACUUUGUAUCCUGUGUAUGCAUCAUUCCGCCCAGCGACACGUAUCCUCGGGGACUCAUAGCCACAGGUGGAAACGACCACAACAUCUGUGUUUUUACACUGGACCAACCACAACCAUUGGUCACUCUCAAGGGACACAAAAACACAGGUAUAGUUGAUAUACUGUUGAUGCAGGUAGCCUAGCAGGUUGCUGGUUCAAAUCUUCGAGCCGACUAGGUGAAACAUCUGUCGAUGUGCCUUGAGCAAGGCACUUAACUCUAAUUGCUCCUGUUAGUUGUUCUGGAUAAGAGCGUCUGCUAAAUGACUGAAAUGUAAUGCAUCAUUGUGGAACAACUAACUCAACUUGACCACUUAAAAUACCAACUUGGUCUGAUGACGCUUUCGUUGUGUAUAACUAGAAACUGUCCAUGUUAUGUAUGUCCACAGUGUGUGCACUGUCCUCUGGGAAGUUUGGAACACUACUGAGUGGCUCAUGGGACACCACAGUAAAAGUCUGGCUCAACGAGAAGUGCAUGAUGACCUUACAGGUAAAGUGUCUGAGAAUUGUCUAUAGUAAUUUUGAUCUGGGUCAUGUUCAGUUGGGCUCACUGUAGCAAAACGUUUUGCAACAAAAUGAAAAUCUGUGUUCUAAUUGGAUAAGUUUCAAAACGUUUUCUCCCUGCUGAACACAACCCAGGUGAGUGACCAUGGCAAGAGCACGCACCCCUGAGGGGCCCCGUGUUGAGGAUCAGCGUGCCAGAUGUGUUGUUACCUACCCUUACCACCUGGGGGCGGCCCGUCAGGAAGUCGAGGAUCCAGUUGCAGAGAGAGGUCCUUAGCUUAGUGAUGAGCUUUGAGGGCACUAUGGUGUGAUUGCGUCAUCUGUGGAUCUGUUGGGGCGGUAUGCAAAUUAGAGUGGUUCUAGGGUUUCUGGGAUAAUGGUGUUGAUUUGAGCCCUGACCAGCCUUUCAAUGCACUUCAUGGCUACAGACGUGAGUGCUACGGGACUAUGGUGGUCUGCUUGAAACAUGUUGGUAUUACAGACUCAGUCAUGGACAGGUUGAUAAUGUCAGUGAAGACACUUCCCAGUUGGUCAGCGCAUGCUCCGAGUACACGUCCUGGUAAUCCGUCUGGCCCUGUGGCCUUGUGAAUGUUGACCUGUUUAAAGGUCUUAGUCACAUCGGCUACGGAGAGCGUGAUCACACAGUCGACCGGAACAGCUGAUGCUCUCAUGCAUGCUUCAGUGUUGCUUGCCUCAAAGCGAGCACAGAAGUUAUUUCGCUCAACUGGUAGGCUCGUGUCACUGGGCAGCUCGUGGCUGUGCUUCCAUUUGUAGUCUGUAAUAGUUUGCAAGCACUACCCUUUAGCUCAGUGCGGAUGUUGCCUGUCAUCCAUGGCUUCUGGUUGGGGUAUGUACGUACGGUCACUGUGGAGACGACGUCAUCGAUGCCCUUAUUGAUGAAGCAAGUGACUGAUGUGGUGUACUCCUCAAUGCCAUCGGAAGAAUCACGGAACAUAUUCCAGUCCUGUAGCUUAGCAUCUGCGUCAUCUGACCACUUCUUUAUUGACCGAGUCACUGGUGCUUCCUGCUUCAGUUUUUUUGCUUGUAAGCAGGAAUCAGGAGGAUAGAAUUAUGGUCAGAGUUGCCAAAUGGAGAGUGAGGGAGAGCUUUGUAUGCGUCUCUGUGUGUGGAGUAAAGGUGGUCUAGAGUUUUUAAUUUUUAUUUAACAUGCUGGUAGAAAUGAGGUAAAAAUGGAUUUAAGUUUCCCUGCAUUAAAGUCCCCAGCACUAGGAGCGCCGCCUCUGGAUGAGCGUUUCCUUGUUUGCUUAUGGCCUUAUACAGCUCAUUGAGUGCGGUCUUAGUGCCAGCAUCGGUUUGUGGUGGUAAAUAGACAGCUACGAAAAAUAUAGAUGAAAACUCUCUUGGUAAAUAGUGUGGUCUAUAGCUUAUCAUGAGAUACUCUACCUCAGGGGAGCAAAACCUUGAGGAAAUGAAUGCGGUUUUUAGAGAAAAGCGAGUUGAUUUUGUUUAGUUAAUUUCUUUUUUGGUAGUUUGUAUGAUAUUUAUUUAUUUUUACCCAAAUGUUUUCCUUUUUUGGGAUCCUUAUUCUCCACUCGCACAGUAGGUGGUGGAAUGCACAUUUAAUUGUUGCGAACGCCGUCAUACCAUAGAAGAAGAAUGAGAGGGGGAGCGAUAGAGAAAUAUACUUAGAGGAAGGGGGAGAGCCAUCAACAGCUGCUUGAUAUUAUUGGGGUAGGAGGAAGAAUGUACAACUGGAUAAAGGAUUUCCUGUUUAGAAGGUCUAUCCAGGUGAGGGUGGGGAAGUCUCUAUCAGGCAGAUACCUGGUGGAUAACGGUACACCACAGAGGAGCGUGAUUAGUCCUCUGUUGUUCUCAAUCAUGAUCAAUGAUGUUUACUCAGGUACAGCCAGAUAUAGGGAGGUCGUUAUUUACAGAUGAUGGUGCCUUAUGGAAGAGGGGAAGAAAUGUGCCAUACAUAGUCAGGAAGGUACAGGAAGCAAUUGAUGGGGUAGAGCGAUGGGCAUUAAUGUGGGGAUUCAUGUUCUCUGUAGAGAAAACUCAAACAGUGUUCUUUACCAGGUGGGAGAUGAGGUAUGCUUGAGGUUAUAUGGGAGAAACUUGGAGAGGGUGGGGGCCUUCAGGUUCCUUGGGGUAUACUUUGACACUAGACUGACCUGGGCAGAACACAUUGAGAGAGUGGUGGGAAAGUGUAAGAAGGUGCUAAAUGUGAUGCGCCGUCUGACGGGGAAGCAGUGGGGGGCUGGGCGUUCCUCAUUGAAGACCAUGUAUGUUGCAUUGAUCCGAUCUGUAAUAUACUAUGGCAGUAUAGCAUAUGGUUCGGCAGCCCAGACCUCAUUGGAAAGGCUAGAUGUCAUAAAGGGGCAAGGACUCAAAAUAUGUAGUGGGGCGUUUCGGACGUCCCCAGUGGCUGCAUUACAGGUGGAGAUGGGGGAUAUGCCAUUGCAGAUUAGGAGACAGCAGCAGGCAAUGAAUUAUUGGGUCAACCUACAAGGACAUGGGGUGUCUCAUCCUGCGAAAGGGAUUUUACAGGCAUGCUGGGAACAUGAGCGAAGACCGAACACAAGCUUUGGGUGGGUGGGUAAUACCCAGGCAAAGGAGAUGGGACUGUAUGGAAGGGAGUUUAGUCCAAUGGUAGCUAUUCCUAUAAAUCCACCAUGGCUACUCCUGCCUCCAGUAGUUGAUCCAGAAGUGUUGGAGAGACUACAGAAAGAUCGGAAGGGUGUUGAUCCAUCAGACGUCUGGAUACUGUGUAUCAGGAUUUUGUGGCCAUAUACACAGAUGGUUCAAAGGAUCCAAGGACAGGACAUACUGGGUCAGCAUUUGAAGUGCAGGAAUGUGGGGUGGAAGUCAGGAAAAGUAUUACAGAUCAUCUGGCUGUAUAUACGGCGGAGCUGAUGGCCAUACUGUUGGCCUUCCAGUGGGUGGAGGAAGUCAAACAAGACAGAGUAGUUAUUUGCUCUGAUUCAUGUGCAGUGUUAAUGAGUCUCCAGUCCUUUAGCUCACGUAGCAGACAAGACCUGCUUUAUGAGGUGCUACAAACCCAUGGCAGGUAGCUUAGUGGGUAAGAGCGUUGUGCCAGUAACCGAAAGGUCGCUGGUUCUAAUCCCCGAGCCGACUACGUGAAAAAUCUGUCGAUGUGCCCUUAAGCAAGGCACUUAACCCUAAUUGCUCCUGUAAGUCGCUUUGGAUAAGAGCAUCUGCUAAAUGACAAAAAAAAAAGUUGUGCUCUUUGUAUUCUAGGGACACACAGCAGCAGUGUGGGCGGUGGUCAUAUUACCUGAACAAGGCCUCAUGCUGUCUGGAUCAGCUGACAAGACCAUCAAGCUGUGGAAGGCUGGACGUUGUGAGAAGACAUUUACGGGUGAGAGAUUAAUGCACCCACUACCCACGGUGCCCUCAAUAAAUAUUGUGUUAAAUGUCCUUGUCCGUCCCAGGUCACGAGGACUGUGUCAGGGGGUUAGCGGUGGUCAGCGACCUGGAAUUCUUCUCCUGCAGCAACGACGCCAGCAUCAGGAGAUGGCUGGUGACUGGAGAAUGUGUGCAGGUAUACUACAGCCACACCAACUACAUCUACAGCCUGGCCGUCUUCCCCAAUGGACAAGGUACAGUAUGGACGACUGAACCCUGAGAAUCUACUAGUGCCCUGUUUGUGGAACCACUAUGCCCUAGGAAAGUGUAUUGUAAUCUAUAGGCUGAUCCGCUCCUACUUAAAUGUAUUUUGGUAUAUCAUUUCUAAAUAGUUAACAGAACCUUUUGUAUUGUUAUUGGCCGCCUACUUGUCAUCUUUUUUUGUGAUUCAUAUUGUCGAAAAGAUAACUCCUGCACACACAAUAUUAUCUCUGCACAUUUACUGUGUUGACGUUUCCGUCAGAUACAUUCUUCUAGACAAUUUGUUGGUGCUCCCCUUCCUUCUCAGAUUUCAUAAGCACAGGAGAGGACCGGACCUUGAGGAUAUGGAAGCAGGGCGACUGCCAACAGACCAUCCGUCUCCCAGCCCAGUCCGUGUGGUGCUGUUGCAUCCUGCCCAACGGGGAUAUAGCUGUGGGCGCCAGGUAAACCCCAAACCCAACUGUCUAUUUAUUUUGCCGCAUAUGGGCACCUAUACUGCUACUGCACCGAAAUUAUAAUCCAAGUACAAAAUCUUCUCCUUGGUGUAUGCUCAUACAAGAUGGCGAUGCCCCCUACCUCCUUAUAGCUUCACACACAAGGUAAACAAAGGUAAACAUAGUUGGAGGUGAGGUGAGAGCGAUGUUUAUUAUAUGACCUUGCUUUUGUGUCACCGGUCGUGUUAUUUGCCGUACAGUGAUGGCCUCAUCAGAGUGUUCACUGAGGUGGAAGAUCGUAUGGCCAGCCCCCAGGACCUCCAGGCCUUCGAGGACGAGCUCUCCAAGACAACCAUCGACCCCAAGACAGGGGACCUGGGGGACAUCAAGAUGGAGGAUCUUCCAGGAAAGGAGCACCUCGAGGAGCCUGGUAAAUUUAUUUGUAUCUGCAUGUUCUAUUAUGUUAUUCCAUUCCACUAUAUACAGUGAGCUCCAAAGGUUGGCUCUGUACAUUGAAAUGAUACAAUGACUAUGAGGUUAAAGUGCAGACUGUCAGCUUUAAUUUGAGGGUAUUUUCAUCCAUAUCGGGUGUACCGUUUAGAAAUUGCAGCACUUUUUGUACAUAGUCCCCCCAUUUUAGGGGACCAAAAGUAUUGGGACAAAUUCACUUAUGUGUAUUAAGGUAGUCAAAAGUUUAGUAUUUGGUCCCAUAUUCCUAACACGCAAUGAUUACAUCAAGCUUGUGACUCUACAAACUUGUUGGAUGCAUUAGCUGUUUGUUUUGGUUGUGUUUCAGAUUAUUUUGUGGCCAAUAGAAAUGAAUGGUAAAUAAUGUAUAGUCAUUUUGGAGUCACUUUUAUUGUAAAUAAGGAUAGAAUAUGUUUCUAAACACUUCUACAUUAAUGUGGAUGCUACCAUGAUUAUGGAUAGUCAUGAAUAAAUCGUGAAUAAUGAUGAGUGAGAAAGUUACAGAUGCACAAAUAUCAAACCCCCAUUUUAUGGGGGGUAUGAUAUUUGUGCCAAAUCCAAAGUCCUGGAGUACAGAGCCAAAACCCCCAAAAAAAAUGUCACUGUCCCAAUACUUUUGGAGCUCACUGUAUGUAUUGAUACCUACAGUCAGGUCCAAAAUUAUUGGCACCCUUGAUAAAGAUGAGCAAAAAAUACAGAGCUACUGUAUUUUGUAUGCAUUUUUUUGUUGUUGAAAAUUCUAUUAUUUCAUACUCAUACAAUUGCUCAGAGAAAGAGAUUUUGUUUAACAAGUAAGAUUUUUUUCUCUCAAAAAGAUAGGGGUCAAAUUAUUGGCACCCCUGUUUUCAAUACCUUUCAAUACAUCUCCUUGCGAGGAUAAUGAUAAUGAGAUUGGAGAACACAUUGGCAAGGAUCUUAGACCAUUCCUCCAUAUAUGGAAUAUCCGAGUUUCAGCCUCCUGGCAGAGGCAACCAGGUUUUUGGCAAAAGUUUCCUGGUACUGGGUAAAGUUCAUGAUGUUGUUGACCUUAACAAGGCCCCUAGGACCAGUGGAAGCAAAAUAGCCCCAUAACAUCAAAGAUCCAUCACCAAAUUUUACAGUAGGAAUGGGGUUAUUUUCUGCUUAUGCAUCUUUCUUUCGACGCAAAACCCACCACUGGUGUGUAUGGCCAAAGAGCUGUAUGUCAUCUGACCUUAGCACCGGUUCCAAUCCAAGUGCCAAUGCCGUUAAGCAAACUCCAGGUGUUUACAUUUGUUUGAUGACAUGAAAAUAGAGCUCUUUGGCCACGCACACCUCACAAGGUGAGGUAUUGAAAACAGGUGUGACAAUCAUUUUGAGACCUAUCUUUUUGAGAAAAAUUACAAUUCUUGUUAAACAAAAUGUAUUUCUCUGAGCAAUUGUAUUAGUAUAAAAUAAAAAUGCAUACAGAACAUAUUCAUACCCCUUGACUUGUUCAACAUUUUGUUGUGUUACAGCCUGAAUUCAAAAUGGAUUAAAUAUUUGUUUUUCUCUCACCCAUCUACACACAAUACCCCAUAAUGACAAAGUGAAAACAUGUUUUUAGAACUUUUUUCAAAUGAAAUACAGAAAUAUAUAUUUUGCAUAAGUAUUCACACCCCUGAGUCAAUACUUUCUAGAAGCAUCUUUGGCAGCGAUUACAGCUGUGGUCUUUCUGGGUAAGUCUCUUAAGAGCUUUCCACACCUGGAUUGUGCAACAUUUGUCCAUUUAUUCUUUUAAAAAUGCUUCAAGCUCUGUCAAAUUGGUUGUUGAUCAUUGCUAGACAACCAUUUUUAGGUCUUGCCAUAAACUUGCAAGUAGAUUUCAGUCAAGACUGCAACUCGGCCACUCAGGAACAUUCACUGUCUUCUUGGUGUGCAACUUGGUGUGCAACUUUAUCCUGAAAAACUCCCCAGUCCUUAAUGAUUACAAGCAUACCCAUACCAUGAUGCAGCCACCACUAUGCUUGAAAAUAUGGAGAGUGGUACUCAGUCAUGUGUUGUAUUUGAUUUGCCCAAAACAUAACACUCUGUUUUCAGGCCAAAAAGUGAAUUGCUUUGCCACAUUUUUUGCAGUGUUACUUUAGUGCCUUGAUGCAAGUUUUUGAAUAUUUUUUGUUCUGUACAGGGUUCCUUUUCACUGUCAAUUAGGUUAGUAUUGUGGAGGAACCUAAUGUUGUUGUUCUGUUCUCAGUUUUCUCCUAUCACAACCAUUAAACUCUGUAACUGUUUAAAGUCACCAUUGGCCUCAUGGUGAAAUCCCUGAGCGGUUUCCUUCCUCUCUGGCAACUGAGUUAGGAAGGACACCUGUAUCUUUGUUGUGACUGGGUGUAUUGAUACACCAUCCAAAGUCUAAUUAAUAACUUCACCAUGCUCAAAGGGAUAUUCAAUAGCUGCUUUUUUAUUUAUACCCAUCUACCAAUUCGUGCCCUUCUUUGUGAGGCAUUGGAAAACCUCCCUGGUCUUUGUGGGUGAAUCUGUGUUUGAAAUUCACUGCUCGAUUGAGGGACCUUACAGAUAAUUGUAUGUGUAGUUACAGAGAUGAGGUAGUCAUUGAAAAAAUCAUGUUAAACACUAUUAUUGCACACAGUGAGUCCAUGCAACUUAUGUGACUUGUUUUUACUCCUGAACUUAUUUCGGCUUGCCAUAACAAAGGGAUUGAAUACUUAAGGGAAAAAACAGCUCAAUUUAAUCCAUUUUAAAUUCAGGCUGUAACACAACAAAAUGUGGAAAAAGUCAAAGGGUGUGAAUACUUUCUGAGGGCACUGUAGCUAUUUGUAUUAUUUAAUUAAUUGUUUUUUUUGCUUAUCUUUAUCAAGGGUGCCAAUAACUUUGGACUUGACUGUAUAUAUUCAAUUAACAUAAACUAUAAAAACAUUACAUGCACAACAUCACUGUUUGGCUAUUAUAGUUUUUUUAAUGUACAGUCCCUGGUCACUGACAUCUUACAUGAAUGAUAAACUUAUUUGACCAAUCAUCAAGCUUUAGUAAAACCUGCACAACUAAAAACCACAGAUGCACAUGGAAGUGGAGUAAUCCAGAAAGCCCCCUUGUUGUAUUGUAGUGUAUACAGUAUGAUUACACAUUAAGAUGUCUGUGUGUCUGUCUCCCAGGGAAUCGGGACGGCCAGACACGGCUUAUCAAAGAGGGCCAGAACGUGGAGGCGUACCAGUGGAGCGUGGCCGACAGCCGCUGGAUGAAGAUUGGAGAUGUGGUGGGAGGGUCCAACCAGCAGACCUCCAAGAAAGUCAACUAUGAGGGAAAGGUGAGGCGCACCCCAACGUUGGGUGAAUGAUGAUAUCAAUAGAUAGAAUCUUAAUUGUCCUACAAUACAAUUCUGGUGAGCUAAGUCCAGAGUACAGACGCAAGGCAUAAGUGAUUUUCAUCUCCACUUUUAACUGAGGCGAGCUGUCACACAGUGAAUCUCUCAACACAGGUCCAACCCAUUUCUGAAUGAUUUUCCAGGAGUAUGACUUUGUCUUCACCAUCGACAUCAACGAGGGUGGCCCGUCCAUGAAGCUGCCCUACAACAUAACAGAUGACCCCUGGCUGACAGCUCACAACUUCCUGCAGAAGAACGAGCUCAGCCCCAUGUUCCUGGACCAGGUGGCCAACUUCAUCAUCGAGAACACCAAAGGACACACCUUGGGAGCCUCCCCGCCCAGCGCUGCCGACCCAUUCACUGGUAGGGCCACUGAACCAUCUUCAUACUAUAGGCUGCUACAUGACAUGUUUAGACUCUUAACACACACCGCGUGCAAAGUUACUGUAAUAUUUGAAAUAGACCGGCCCAGCCCAGUAGUAUCAACCCAUUCACUGGCCAUUUUCUCUCUAUAGGGUACACUUAGGAUGAUCUUUCCCUCUUCUAACACACAGUGCGCAAAGGUUACCGUAACAUUUGAAAUAGACAGGUCAUGGCAAAUCAAAUUGAGUUUGGAAUACCACACUAACUGUAUUUUCACCCACCUUUUAUCAUGUUCACCAUUAGGCUCAGGCCGAUACAUUCCUGGAGCUGCUGACAACAGAGCAGGCUUUGGGGCUGACCCCUUCACAGGUAAAUAAACACAAAUAUCAUUUUCUUGUAGAUUUCAGUUUGAUGAGGACAUCCUGUGCUAAUACAUUAUUAUGGCCUUUUCCCCAGGCACUGGGCGGUACAUCCCAGGAUCGGGGACUCCUACAGGGGCUCCGGUGGGCGUGGCAGACCCCUUCACAGGUUAGUCACUAUAGCAACUCCUUCAAUGUCUAGGGUUCAAUAAAAGGUUGCAUUAACACUCAAACCUGUUUUUUCCCCCAAGAUAAUUACAUAUAAAAGACAAAACCCAAUAAACUGCUAAAGCAGAAUGAUUUUGUUUGGUUGAGAGUAGGGCUAACACUUCUAACCCCCCCUCUUGUCUUCCCAGUUAGGGUGCCUACUCGUCGACUGCCCGAGGGCAGACCCCACACAUCUACUUCCAAAAACGGACGGGGUGCCUUGAGCAGGCUAACGCCAACAGAUAAUGGGUAAGUAAGUAAUCACUGAACAAACAUGAUCCCUUGAUAUUUUAUUAUAUAUUUUAUCAUACUAAGCAGAAAUAAUCAUGCUAUUUAUUAGCGUACAAACUGAUCACCCAUCAAUUGUGGCUGAACUGAAAUAAUGUGUAUAGCUAUAUGGAAACCUUACGACAGUAAUUUUACAUUUACAUUUUAGUCUUUAUGGCAUACGCUCUUCUCCCAAAGCGCUUACGGAGCAAUUAGGGUUAGUGCCUUUGCUUAAGGCACAUCGACGAUUUUUUUCACCUAUACAUACCGGGUAUUACCUCCCGAUUUGCGCAUGGUCUAAGGCCUUGCAUCGCAGUGCUCGCUGUGCCACUAGAGAUCCUGGUUCGAAUCCAGGCUCUGUCGUAGCCGGCCGCGACCGGGAGACACAUGGGGCGGCGCACAAUUGGCCCAGCGUCGUCCAGGGUAGGGGAGGGGAAUGGCCGGCAGGGAUGUUGGUAGAGCAUGGCAUUUGCAACGCAAGGAUUGUGGGUUCGAUUCCCACAUGAAAAAAAUAAUAUCUAUAAUGUAUGCACUCACUAACUGUAAGUCGAUCUGGAUAAGAGCGUCUGCUAAAUGACGUAAAUGUAAAAUGUAUUACAAAGUGUCUGUUUCAUUCUGAAUAGCGCCUCUGUAUAUUAACGUUGCCCUUCCACCAGCCAAACUGAAGGAGCUGAACAGUGGGGCCCCUGGGGAAUACAGGCUGUCUGAAGAGGUGCUGGGGAGCCUGGAGAAGCUGCUGGUGUCUGUCUGUGACCCCCACGCCUCAGAGCAGCCCACCACAGAGCAGAUCAGUCUGCUCUGGAAGACCUCCCACUGGCCAGAAGGUAGGCUACCACACAUCUUAGACAGGAUUUGGGUUUAUCCCACUAGACUAGUGCAGAGGUGGGCAAUUCUGAUCCUGGCGAGCCGCAAUGUGUGCAGGCUUUUGCUUCCAGUCACUAGCACACCUGAUUUAUACUGAACAAAAAUAUAAAUGCAACAUGUAAAGUGUUGGUCCCAUGUUUCAUGAGCUGAAAUAAAAGAUCAAAGACAUUUUCCAUAUGCACAAAAAGCUUAUUUCUCUCAAAUUGUGGCCAAAUUGGUUUACAUCCCUGUUAGUGAGCAUUUCUCCUUUGCCAAGAUAAUCCAUCCCCCUGACAGGUGUGGCAUAUCAAGAAGCUGAUUAAAAAGCAUGAUCAUUACACAGGUGCACCUUUUGCUUGGUACAGUAGAAGUCCACUUUAAAAUGUGCAGUUUUGUCACACAACACAAUGCCGCAGAUGUCUCAGGUUUUGAGGGAGCGUGCAAUUGGCAUGCUGACUGCAGGAAUGUCCACCAGAGCUGUUGCCAGAGAAUUGAAUGUUCAUUUCUCUACCAUAAGCCGCCUCCAACUUCGAUUUAGAGAAUUUGGCAGUACGUCCAACCGGCCUCACAACCACAGACCACACCAGCCCAGGACCUCCACAUCCGGCUUAUACACCUGCGGGAUCGUCUGAGACCAGCCACCCGGACAGCUGAUGAAACUGUGAGUUUGCACAACCAAUGAAUUUCUGCAGAAACUGUCUCAGGGAAGCUCAUCUGCUUGCUCGUCUUCCUCACCUGACUAGUUCGGCUUCAUUGGGCAAAUGCUCACCUUCGAUGGCCACUGGCACGCUGGAGAAGUGUGCUCUUCAUGGAUGAAUCACAGUUUCAACUGUACCAGGCAGAUGGCAGACACCGUGUAUGGCGUCGUGUGGGCGAGUGGUUUGCUGAUGUCAACGUUGUGUACAGAGUGCCCCAUGCUGGCGGUGGGGUUAUGGUAUGGGGAGGCAUAAGCUACGGACAGCCCAGGACCGACACAUCCGGCUUCUUCAUCUGCGGGAUCGUCUGGGGGGCGGGCAAGGUAGGGCUGGGCGAUAUGGCCAAAAUAUCAUAUCACUGUAUUUUUUAAAACAUUUGACGGUAUGACUGUAUUUGACGGUAUUUUAUGUUUUUUUUUUGCUUUAUGAGUAGUGAGUGACCAUUGGGUGGCAACACAUACAUUCUAAGUGAUUUCAAUGGGUCUUUCUCCAUUCUGAAUGUUUUAUACUGUUCAAUUCAACUUUUCAACUGUUCAAUAAAAAAUGUCUGCAUUUCCAUCAAUUUCUGCAUUUCCUGCACUCAUUUGAGAUCAUUUCCACACUGCCACAUAGGGCUGAACAAUAUGGGCAAACAAUCUAGGCCUUAUUUUUAACCACUUUAACACUUGGGUGAACUGUUGGAAUCAUGGAAAUAGAAUGAUUAUUCAAGUUGUAUAGUUAGAAUAUAAUAGUGGGCAGUGUUUGACAUGACAACAAAUGAUAAUGCCAGAGAGGAGUUUUUGUGACAGGGUAGGAACCAAAGUGUUGACAAGUGUUUCCUAGGGGGCCCUAUACUCUUGGGCUACAUUUUAGCUACUUCAUGUAGCUAACAUAUUCUUGCUUUGGUAUUUGAUUUAGAAGAUACUGUUGCACAAACAACAUGCUGAUUUAGGUCUUCACCAUCACUGGUAUUAUCAGGCUGUAUAGCUAAUUAUGUUUGCUCUGACAUUUAUUAGCUGGCUAGCAAUUAGCAUUAACAGCUAACAGGAUUUAGGUCCAACUUACUAAGAAAAGACAGACUAGCUGUUUGCAGAUGUAAGAAAUACAAAUUGAAAACAGCAUCUUUGUCAUCAACAUUGUUGCAUGUGCAGCAAUGACCAUGCAGCGCCCUUGCCCAGUCAGGUGAAGUCCAUAGAUUAGGGCCUAAUGAAUUUAUUUCAAUUGACUGAUUUCCUUAUUUGAACUGUAACUCAGUAACAUCUUUGAAAUUGUUGCAUGUUGCGUUUAUAUAUUUUUUCAGUAUAGAUAAUCAAGCAAUUAUGGUCAGGUGUGUUAGAGCGGACUGCAAGCCCCCAGCACUGGAAUUGCCCACUCCUACACGUUACCCUCUGAAGUUCUGAUAAGCAUUCUAUUGAUUUACUUCAGUUUCAGUGUUUUAAGAAUAAAAAGCCCUAUCGGCAUUUUCAAGCAUGUGAAACCAUUGCACAUUACAAUAUUUUAACAUAUGGUAAUGUACCAUUUUCAUUGAGCUGUGAUCACCUGUUCUCUCGCCUGUCCUCCAGACAUCGUCUUCCCUGUCCUGGACAUCCUGCGGCUGGCGGUGCGCCACCCGCAGGUCAACGACAGCCUGUGCGGCGGCGACGCGGAUGAUGGCGUGGCGCUCUGCAACCACCUGCUGAGCCUGAUGAAGCCGCAGGGCCGGCCAGCCAAUCAGAUGCUGGCGCUGAGGACACUGUGCAACUGCUUUAGUGGCUGGCGAGGCCGGGCCCUCCUAUUGGCCCAACGGGAGGCCGUCCUGUCCCACGCCGCCGACCUCUGCUCUGUGUGCAACAAGAACAUUCACAUCGCCCUCGCGACUCUCAUCCUCAACUACGCCGGCUCACUCCACGGCCAGCCCGACCUGGACGCCAAGGCCCAGUGUCUGUCUGUGGCCAGCGCGGCACUGGAGUCGGUGCAGGACAAGGAGGCAGUGUUCAGGCUCCUGGUGGCCCUGGGGACCACGGUGGCCUCUGACCAGACGGCCCAGGACCUGGCCAAGUCGCUGGGGGUCACGUCACAGAUCGCCAAGUACACCUCCGUCACCGACCCAGCCAAGGUCGGCGAGUGCUGCCAGCUGGUUUUAAAAGAACUGCAGUGAUCUG